AUGGUCACGGAGGCCGAAAUCUACAACGAGGCAAGUUUCCUGGCAUCAGUGGCUCGAGCAACAUCUAACACGAAACAGAUGUCCCAAGCCUAUGCUGCCGUUGGUGUCAUGGUCGACACCCGUGUCUAUGGACACAUCGUCAUCCUCCGUGCUGUCACAACCAGUGACUUCAUGAGCGCCGAGCCCUACGAGUUCUCAUUCGACUUGCUCAAGGCCAUGGCUCACAGGAUCGUUAACGAGGUGGACGGAGUCUCCCGAGUCACAUAUGACCUGCACCAUCGAAUUGGAGUAGAGAUACUGGAUUGA